UUGCGUUGUCACGCUGCCUCUGACAGCCAUUAGCAUCGGGAGCUAAAACUCGUCCGUGAACAUGUCCGUAAACGAGUCCACGUGAAGUUAAAAGUGCGUGUCGGUUGUUUUGUUUCCCGCGUACUUAUAUUUCGUACACUUCGCUGUCGCAGGAUGUUUUCUUCCGUCUGGAAUUUCAUUAAACGCCACAAACGGAAGUUUAUUUUCACCGGAGCUGUAGUUGGAGGCGUUUACUUCCUGGGCAAAUAUGCCCAGAAGAAGUUGAGGGAGCUGCAGGAGAAGGAGGCGACGGAGUACAUCGCUCAGGCGAGAAGACAGUUUCACUUUGAAAGCAACCAGAGGACCUGCAACAUGACGGUGUUGUCCAUGUUGCCUCCACUGAAAGAAGCCAUCGUCAAUCAACUCAACUCUGAAAGUCUCACCGCGCUGCUCAAGACCAAACCAGCAAAUAAACUGGAGAUCUGGGAAGAUUUGAAGAUCCUCAGUUUCACUCGCACCCUGGUGGCAGUUUACAGCACCUGCAUGUUGGUCGUGUUACUGAGGAUCCAGCUCAACGUCAUCGGAGGAUAUUUGUACCUGGACAACUCAGUGGGGAAGAACGGCACUGCCCCUCUCACUCCUCCAGAUGUUCAGCAGCAGUAUCUGUCCAGUAUCCAGCACCUGUUAGGAGAUGGUUUGACAGAGCUGAUGUCGGCGGUGAAGAAAGCCGUGCAGAACUCACUGGGAGGUGUGUCUCUCAAACAGUCUCUGUCUCUGCUGGAGUUGGAGCAGCAGAUCAGUUGGAUCAGAGCGGAAGUCGAGUCCACGUCAGAGCGCUCACUGUCCUGGUACAUGCUCGCUGACGACCAGGAGGUCCUCACUGACCAGGCGUGUGGUUUGACAGAAGACGACGUCAUGACAAUCAGGCUGUUAAACGAGACCAGAGACAUGAUGGACAGUCCUAACUUCAGCACCGUCCUCGACGCGUGUCUGAACCGUGGCUUCUCUCGUCUCCUCGACAACCUGGCCGAGUUCUUCCGCCCGCCUCCUGGUGACUCCGCCCCCAGCUCUGCACCCGAUUGUCUGUCUGUAGUGAGUCUGCCUCUGGCGAAGGUCGUCCCCAUCAUCAACGGUCAGAUCAACACCAUCUGCAGUGAAAUUCCGAGUCACUUUGUUCAGGACCUGCUGCUCAAUGACCAGGUGAAGGAAUUCGCCGCCAACGUGUACGAGACGUUCAGCACGCCGCAGGAGCUGCAGAAGUGACCCGGGGGGAGGGCGCACAGAGCUCCUCCCCCUUUUCUGUGCAACGGCGGCGCAGCUGCGACCACAGCAGUGCAUCCUUGGAGAAGUCACAAAACUGAAGGAACAGGAAUCUCCAGACAGUUUCUCGUCGUCGUCUGUCGCACGUUUACGUUUUCUCUUCUUCUUCUUCGUUUGUCUCAGAAUCAAACUUGUGCGUUUUCUCGGCAGCGGCAGCAGUUUUUGCGUUUUUUGGGGGGAGAAAAAGGCGUAAGAAAUAAAAAGAACAUUUUAGAACAUGUAAAAUCUUCUGAUUUCAGUCUCUUCCACUAGGUGUCACUCUCCGACUCGUCGAGACAUGAUUUACGUCUCUGAACAGCGUUAACGUCACUUCCUGUUUGUUUGAAUGUUUUUUUUUUUGACUCAAAAAUGAAAUUCCAACUUUUUUUUAUUUAAAUAUCUAAAAUGAGCAUCACCUUUUGUUUUUCUAAUUUCAUACACUACAUGUAGAGUUGUUGUUUUUAUAUUUAAUGACGUAUUAAACGAUCACACGUUCAAAUCUGCUGCUGCUGAUUUAAACGUCACAGAGGCAAGAGUUUUUUUAAUCGUUUAAUCUUUUGUGAAUUUAAAGCAGAUUUAGUGAAAAAAAAACAGAAACAUGAGUUCAUGUUCUUUCCCUUUUUCUUUUCUUCACUUCACUCAACGAUUCCUCGUGUGGACAAAGAUCUAUUUUUAAACUCGGGCGGCGUCGCUGUGAGGGAAGUUUCUGGAAAGUUUCGAUCUUCAAAAUAAAAGGUGAUUAACUUUUUCUCGGUUUUUAAACAGUUUCAAUAAAACAAACAACUUUCACUGUUUCAGUCGCAGACGACGUCCGGCGACGCCCACUCAGCUCCUGAUACUUCACUCGCGUUAAAAAUGAAAGAAAUAAAAAAAAUUAUGUCAUGACGCUGGAAAUGUACAUUUGUAAAAAUAAAGACAGAAUGAUUAAUAAAGAGAUUUCAAAUAUU